AUGGCAGGGCCAAAGACCUUUACGUUCGAGGACCUCGGAGAAUAUGACAAUUACACAGAAUACGUGUAUGAGGACUACUCCGGCCUCCCAACCCACAGCUGUGAUGAAGACGAGCAGGCCCUCGCCCUGCAGACCCUCGGUGCUGCGUUCCAGCCCGUGUUUUACAGCCUGAUCUUCCUGCUGGGCUUGGCAGGGAACGGCCUGAUGAUAACGGUCCUCCUGAGACGUUGGCGCCUCCUGCGCAUCACUGAGAUCUACCUUCUUCACCUCGCCAUGGCGGACCUCAUGCUCCUCUUGACGUUUCCUUUCGAUGUGGUCGACGUCGUCUCUGGUUGGGUGUUCGGGGAGUUCCUCUGCAAGCUGGUGGGCCUGAUGAGAAAUCUCAAUCUCCUCUGUGGGAGUUUCCUUCUAGCUUGCAUUGGGUUCGAUCGCUACUUGGCAAUCGUUCAUGCCAUUCCCAGUAUGCGAAAUCGGCGUCCGAGGGCAGUGCAUGUAACUUGCAUUACCCUGUGGCUUGUCUGUUUGGGUUUAUCAGUACCAAAUGUUGUGUUUCUCACUGUGAGAGAGGACAACAAUAACACCUCUAGGCUCUCCUGUUACUAUUAUCAUCAUAAAAACCAUGCAUACAACUGGGUUUUGACCGCCAGAGUCUUUGAUCACAUUUCCUUCUUCCUACCUCUGACUGUCAUGUGCUACUGCUACACAGCAGUGGUGUUUACUUUGUGCAAGAGUCAGAAAAGCCAUGCAAAGCAAGGAGCCAUGCGACUGGCUGUAGUUAUCACUCUUGUCUUUUGCUUCUGCUGGCUCCCGUAUAACAUCACCUUACUGAUACAAACUCUGGUAGACUUCCAGGUCAUCGGCUACAAAAGCUGUGGACCUAAAGUCGUGCUGUCAGCCGCCCGUGAUGUGACCCAGGGUCUUGGUUUGUCCCACUGUUGCCUGAACCCCUUCCUUUACGCCUUCGUUGGGGUGCAGUUCCGGAAAGAGUUAAAUCGGUUACUGCGUCAACUUGGCUGCGGCGCCAACCCGCUCUUCAGGAGUCAGGGUCAAAGUCGACCGUCCACUUCUGAUGGAGCAACAACCAUCAGCUCGACAAUCUAAACGGGACAAAAAUCUAAAUAAUCUCUUGUACAAUGCUUCUGUUCUGUUAUAUUUCACAUGUGGUGAUAAAUCAUGUUCAAAUCUUUCCAGAUGUUCUGAUAAUACA